AUGAGGGGUGCCAUGACAGGAUCUGUUACCUGGGGUGACCUGGACCUACAAGGUGAUGUUGCUGUUGGAGGACUUGUCAAUGGGAAGGACCUGCAAGUGGUGCACAAUGAUGCAGUGUACAAAGAUGACGGUUCUGUUCGGGUGACAGGCAAGAAGGUCUUCCAAAACGGUCUAUCGGUGAAAGGAAACAUAAACACGGAAACUACAAAUGAUAUUGACCUUAGUAAAAGACUCUUCACUCUCCACACUGACCAAGAUAUCACUGCUCCAUUCACUUUCGAUACUAUAACGGCAGAAAAAAGUAUGACACUCGAUGGUACUUUUGAUGGGGUUGACCUAGUAAAGCUGGACUCAAGAGCCCUCAAGCAAAGCAUGGAUACCAUUGAAAACUUGGUCUUCAAUGGAAAAGUAACCAUUGGCGAUUUCCAAGUCAACGGGAAACUUGGAGGUAUUGAUGUAAAUGCAAGACUUCAAGAUGCAGUACGCUUAACUGGUAAAGAUAUAACCAUAAAAGGUACUAAGAACUUCGUUAAGGAUGUUGCCUUCAAGAAUAUCUUCACCACAAACUUGAACAACGUUAACUUCAAUACUUACUUGAACCAUGCUGUACGAAAGAAUGUCCCAAUUAACCUGAACAAAAAAUUGAAGGUGAAUGGGUUAGUGUCUGCGCCUUCAAUAACUGUAGACUCCCUCAACAUACAGGGUACAGUAGAUGGAAUCGAUUACAAGGAUUUGAUGACUAGAGCAGUUCUCCUUGAUGGCACGCAGUCUUCAACUUCAAAUUUGCAAUUCACAAAUGAUGUAUUGGUGAAGGGUAACCUUGCUACCAUCAGAUUAAAUGAUCUGGAUAUGGAUACUCAUUACCUAACCACAAAUACACCACAAACCUUUAUAACGAAUGUGGACUUUGAUAAUGUUCAUGCAUCUGCUAAUGUGGCGGUACAGGGUUCUGUUAAUAACGUUAACCUUCCUGCAGAAUUUGCAAAUACUCUGAAGAUACAAGGAGGACAAACUAUAACUGGAAUGAAAACUAUAAAUGGUGUGACAAUUGUAUCAAAUGAUGUAGAAGUAACAGGCCUAACAGGAGACGAUACCUUGGUAGACUUUUCAUCAGAAGUCGUAUAUCUGACAGAAGCUCCAACAAUAAGUGGUAGUCUUCACUUCUCUUCUGACCUGACUGUGAAAAGUUUAACUAGCACCAGUGGUGAGAUUGGAGAUAUAGAUGUGGUAGACUUGGCAAAUAAUGCUUGGUAUUACAAUGAAGCGGCUAUAAUCACUGCUAGCCUUAACUUUAUGGAUCCAGUUGUGAUGAAAGAGACUCUCCUGACUAACCACACGGUGGAUGGCAUGCUCGUAAGUGGAGUGUAUGGAGAUGCUGAAAAUGCACUAAAUACCUACUCGACCUACAACGAAGGCAUCAAGAACUUGUACAUCAACAAGUGCCCCCUUAUUGAAGAAGCCUAUAAAGAUACUCAAAAGGCCAUAUUUGAUGCAGACUAUUUCCAUUUGGUUAAUGAAGCUCAGUUUGGUGGAAAACCCAAGUCUUCUGCAUCUGCCAGAGUUGAUAACAGCUCUUACAUUGUUAUGAGCUGGGAGAAAAGUUGUGAUGUGACAAUGGACAAAUAUGGUACUUCAUUUGUCCCUACAACAACACUAUACUCCAAUUUUGGAUCUGGUAAAGACUGGAUACACUUCGAACAUCAGGGAGAUAACUACUUCAUUGGUGCUGCAUCGUCGGCAGACAAUAGCUGCAGCAGGACUAAUAGUGUAUCCUUAAAGCUAGAAAAUGAUGCACUUACUGUGCACCAAGAGCUUGUUGCUGGAGAAAGGGUUGAAAAGACUUUCAUUCAAGAAACUGGAACAGUAGGAAUAGCUAUUACUAUGGGCAAUGUUAGACACUUAUACAGCUUUAGCAGCUCUACAAACGAGUUCGAAUUGGUGAAAAAUUUACCUGCUAUUGACGAAACGGCAGUUUUGAUUGAUAGGAGUGGAAAUACUAUAGUUGUUGAAGCAUACGAGAAUGGAAUUGUGAUACCAUGGGUGAAUAAUGUCCAGCUCGGGCUAAUGGAAGUCCAUAAAAUGGAUGAUGCAGUCUUGGUUCAACAAUAUGGAAAAGUGUUCCUGAUGUGUUCAGUUACACGAGAACUUGUAUCUGGUGUAGUACACAACCUUGAGCUUUAUUUGCUUGACCCUGUUAGUGGCUUCUCUUGGCUUGAUUCUAAGCCUCUGAAUGAACCUGCUAAGCUGACCAGCUUCUUUGCUGGGAAUGCAGCAACAGGAGCUACUGUACUUGUAGCUGUACAAGAGAACUGGUGCCCAGAAGUUUACACAUUGCAUGGAAUGAAAUUCAAGCCAUUUGUGGAAAUGAAUACACCAUUAACUUGGUGGGUGGAGUACUUCAGUGUGCCUGAUGCUACUUUCCCAGAAAUCUCUAAGCAUGCUCUGUUAAUUGGACAAGGAAAUGGAGUAAAGUUGCUGGAGCUAAAGAUGAAUGGACUAACUCAUGAAGCUGGAUACAUAGAGUGCAACCCAGCAGCCUUCAAGUAUCCUGAAUUGAUGCCAAUAGUCCCGGUGUGAUAUGAUCAGAUUUUAGUUUUUUAAUAAAUUGUUAACCAAA